AAAUCCAUGUAACGGGUCAGAUCCCGAUUUUUUACGCUUACUCCUUUCAACCUCCCCUUGCCCGAGACACCGUGCCCUAGCUUCCAUCCUCGCCCUCGCCAACGUUAAUCCACGGCCUCCCCGGCUCUCCGACCUCCAUCCGAGGCUCGAUCGCCGUGCUCCGCCUCGACUGCCAUCCUUUAUUUCCUCGCCCAUCCGCCGUUCCGCUUCCCCACCGUCGUCGACCACCUCGCCCUCGCGUUGCCGACCCUGAGGGUUGAACUCUGUGCUGCCAACCUACAAGUAGCAAAUGGAGCUAAAUACAAUAAAAGAUGCAUUUGACCGAGUUGCUAAGAAGCAAAAGCUUUCAUGCUCUAAAACCCAAGAAGUCAUUGACGAGGUUGGGCGAGAGAUAGAGCAGGCAAUGGCCAAGAUGCAGUCAACCGAUAAUGGUUCAGGCUGCUCUGACCAGAAAUCCAUUCUCUUGGAGCUCAAAACUAAGCUGAAUGAAAUGGCUCCAAUGAAUCAACUUGAAGGGUCCCAGAGGGAACUGAACGUUGGGCUUGUCAAGUAUGCAAAGAUCCUUGAGAAGUGCUUCAAUCCGGAUAUAUCCAAGGCAUAUCGAAACGUUGACUUUGACAUCCAUAUAGUAAACCAGAUCAUUGCAAGCCACUUCUAUCGCCAAGGCCUGUUUGAUCUUGGUGACUGCUUUAUAAGCGAAGCUAACGAGCCAGAUGCUACUGCUCUAAAAUCUCCAUUCCUGGAGAUGUAUGGGAUACUCGAAGCUAUGAGGUCUAGGGACCUUGAGCCCGCACUGAACUGGGCUUCCAAACAGAGUGAAAGGCUAUUGCAGAAUGGGUCAAGCCUGGAGCUGAAGCUUCACCAACUGCAGUUUGUGGAAAUACUACAGAAGGGAAGUCAAAAUGAGGCUCUGCAAUAUGCAAGGACCUACCUGGCUCCAUUUGCUUCGGUGCACAAGGUUGAGAUUCAAAAGCUAAUGGCCUGUCUCUUGUGGGCAGGUCGGCUUGACCAGUCUCCUUAUGCAGAGUUUAUGUCUCCAACUCACUGGGAGAGGUUGGCUGAGGAGCUCACCCAGCAGUUUUGCAGCCUCUUGGGUCAGUCCUAUGAGAGCCCACUCAGCGUGGCUAUAGCAGCAGGGAUCCAAGGGUUGCCAACUCUUCUGAAGUUAGCAAGUGUGAUGGCCGCGAAGCAGCAGGAGUGGCAGGCAAUGAAGCAGCUGCCAGUGCCUGUUGAUCUUGGGAGGGAAUUCCAGUUUCAUUCUAUUUUUGUGUGCCCAGUGCUGAGGGAGCAAGGGAGUGAUGAGAACCCACCAAUGCUGAUGCCUUGUGGGCAUGUGCUGUCAAAGCAGUCGAUAGCGAAACUGUCAAAGAGCAGUACAAGGCCAUUCAAGUGCCCCUAUUGCCCACUCGAGGCAACGGUGGGUCAAUGCAGGCAGCUUCACUUUUAAUGGUUGGUUGGGGUGGUGGUAAGGAUUGCAACUUGUGCGAUGUGCUCCAAGUGUUAGGCUGUGAUAUUUGAAAUCUAGGCCAUUGUAUGAAAGAUGGUCACGUGGUUGUCUCUGGAUGUCUCUUGUAUGUUUGAAAAUCCCCUGAUAUUUUGUUGAGAUUUUCCAGAGCUUACUUAUAUGAGACUUGGAUCCUAUUAGCUUCAAUUUUUUUAAUUCAAUAUCUUAAAAGUUUCUUUCUUUA